ACAACGUUUCUCAUACUUGUCUAAAGUCUUCUCCUUCUCAGUGGACCAAUUCUCUUGUCAAGCAUAGGCAUAGCAUUAUGGAUGCACUUUCAGUAGAUGGGCUUGUAAAGAUUGAUCAUGUUCAUGACCCGGGAAGAAGAAGAGGCAGAUCAGUGGAAGAGGAGUUGGAAGGCUUUUUACGAGUUUACAAAGACGGCUCAGUCGACAGAUUCUCCUGCGUUGUAUCAGAUGUGCCCGCAUCGGAAGCCCCACAAGACCCCGUGGCCUCCAAAGACGUUGUAAUGGACUCCCGCACUGCUCUCUGGGCUCGCUUCUACCUACCCAGAAAAGCGGUUUCCCCACUUGGAAGCAGAUUGCCUCUUCUAAUUUACUUCCACGGCGGAGGCUUUGUGCUGGGCUCCCCAGCCUGGUCUAUUUACCAUGUCUUCAUUUGCAGAUUGGCUUCUCAAACAAAUUGUCUGGUGGUGUCGGUUGGCUACAGGCUGGCCCCUGAGCAUCGUCUUCCCGUAGCGUAUGACGAUUGUUUCACUGCCGUCGACUGGAUCCGCCGCCAGGCAAAGCAACACUCUCACGAUUCAUGGCUCUCAUCCUACGCCGACUUCUCGCGGUGCUUUCUAGCCGGCGAUAGUGCGGGAGGUAAUAUUGCACACCACGUGGCAGUGCGGUGUGGGCGGACGGAUAUGAAGCCGGUGGAGAUGAGAGGAGUGAUUCUUCUUCAGCCCUUCUUCGGGGGAGGGAAAGUGGAGACGGCGGAAUCGGACCCAAACCUGUCGCAGCGAUGGGUGGAGGUGUUUUGGAAGCUGUCGUUGCCGGUGGGAGCGAAGAAAGAUCAUCCAGCAUGUAAUCCGCUGGCUGAGGCGCUGGACGAUGUGAGUUUACCGCCAGUGAUGGUUUGCAUAUCGGAAAGAGACGUGCUGAAGCAGAGGAACAUGGAUUACUAUCAUGCCCUCAAAAAUGCCGGAAAAACGGCGUUUUAUGUUGUUUUGAAGGACGUGGGUCAUGCCUUCCAAGUGCUCAAUCCUCGCUCUCAACGGAUCCCCGAUCUGAUCAAAGUUAUGUAUGACUUUAUUAAUGAGAGCAAUCCGUGCACUUAAUGUGCAGCUCUACUUCUUAGAUCCACCUUACAAUUGUUGUUGUUGUUGUGAGAAUUCCACUUUCCACCUGUAGCUUGUUAUUCCUGCGAUUCCUUGGCUGCGUAAGAAACCAUGAUGAUAGAAGCAAGGCCAUGGACACUAGUUUGUUCCGAUAAGGACAAAACUAUUCGUACAUAGAAAUAGUAUAACGAACUGUAACAUGAUAAUGCUUUGUAAGAUGAUUACGCAUUCUCUCAAAUAUUUCUUCCCAUCGAUCUAGACGCUACAGGAUACUGCUUUGUAACGUAAUAAUGCAAUCUUUUAAUG